AUGGAGAGAGGAGGAGGAGGGAAAUGUCUGUGAGGAGGAAGGAGGAGGGAUGAAGAGGAAGAUAAGAAGCAGGGGGAGGAGAGGAGAGAGGCAUUGUGGGUCCAUCCAUCCUCCAUGCGGGACCCUGCAGCCGGAACCCCGGCCGUCUUUCUUUUGGUUUGAGGAAAAGCUCAACGUGUUUGGAGUGUUUCCAUUUCCCGGCAGCAGAUGAAGGAAGGCGGCGGCGUCUGGACGUCUGUGUGCGGCGAGCAAAGCUCAGGGUUAGGAUCUGAGCGCGGGGUGAUGAGAGGAAGAGGAGUUGCUCUGCAGCAUCACUCUUCCUCCUUAUUGUCUCCCCGCCUGCAGCAGCAGCAGCGCAGUCCGGCUGCGUUAUGCCUGCGUCUGAGGGGAACCGCUGCUGCGCGGCCGGGCCGGGCUGAGGGGGGGCCGCGCUGACUGAAGGACAAUGAUCCGGCUUGGUUUUCUGAGCAGCAAACCAGACAAACAUUUUGAGGAUUUAAAGGAACGGAGUUUAAAGAUGGGAUGACCGCUGUGUGGCGCUGAACCCGACCCAACAUGAACUCCUCCUCCAAUCCGAACCAGAGCGGCUCUCCUUUGUUCUGCCUGCUGGGAGCGGUGGGUUACUCCCACCGCCUGGACACCUGCCUGCUGGAGGCGGCCAUCAUCCUCUUCCUCGCUGUGCUCAUCAUCGCCGGGAACCUGCUGGUGAUCUUUGUCUUCCACUGCGCGCCGCUGCUGCACCACCACAGCACCGGACACUUCAUCCAGACCAUGGCGUGCGCCGACCUGCUGGUGGGCGUCAGCUGCCUGGUGCCGUCUCUGUCCCUGCUGCGCUGCCUCCCGGGCCUCAACCAGCAGCUCGCCUGCAAAGCCUUUGGCUACGCCGUUUCUGUGCUGAAGAGCGUCUCCAUGGCGUCGCUGGCGUGCAUCAGCGUGGACCGCUACGUCGCCAUCACCCGCCCGCUGUCCUACGCCACGCUGGUGACGCCGUGCCGGCUGCGGGCGUGCAUAGUCCUCAUCUGGGUUUACUCCGCCCUCGUCUUCCUGCCGUCCUUCCUGGGCUGGGGGAAGCCCGGUUACCAUGGCGACGUCUUUCAGUGGUGCGCCGAGUCGUGGCGGACCAACCCGACGUUCAGCACCUUCAUCGUGGCGCUGCUGUACGCGCCGGCGGCGCUCACCGUCUGCUUCACGUACGGGAGCAUCUUCCGGAUCUGCCGGCAGCACAUCCGGGAGAUCAGCCAGCGCCACGCCCGCUUCGGCGCGCAGGCCACGCCCACCGGGGGCGAGCGCUGCGACGGCUGCACGGACAAGCGCUACGCCAUGGUGCUGUUCCGCAUCACCAGCGUCUUCUACGUGCUCUGGAUGCCCUACAUCCUCUACUUCCUGCUGGAGAGCGCCGGGCUGUACCGCCACACUGUGGCGUCGUUUCUCACCACGUGGCUGGCGAUCAGCAACAGCUUCUGCAACUGCCUCAUCUACAGCCUCUCCAACAGCGUCUUCCGAAGAGGCCUGGGCAGUCUGCUGCAGCCGCUGCUGCCUUCCUGCCUCGGCUGCGCAGACGGCAGGAAGGCCCCGCCCCCCGGCAGCCUGCGCACCGACACGCGGUGCCACGUCUGACGCUCUGCAGCCGCGGAUUGGCGGAGGUGUUUCAGAGCGUCUGUUUGGCGUCUGCAGGACCGCAGAGAGGCGUCCGAGCUGAUGCCUGCUGGUCCUUCUGAGAUCAAGUGAAUGAAACUCAGUGGAGGAACAAAGUUUGACCCCAAACUGCAUGAAAAAGGUCAAUGUGUGAAUUCAGAGAAUCGAAUAAACACGUAAAAAGUGUAAAAAGACAUAAAAGGAAAGUAAAGUUCAACCUGCAGUCAGAUCCAGCAAAUGCAAAAAGCGAAACAGUUUAUUGCCUCAUUUUCAUCCAAAAAAACUUGGAUAAUUAUUUUUUUUAUUUUUUAUGUUGGAUUUUUGAUAAACUUACUGUUUCAUUCUCCUAAUAUUUUAACCGUCUUCUGUUGAUAUUAAAGUUUAUUUUGGCAGUUUUUCAACUUUGUUGUCAUACGACUUUAUUUUUGUAAAAGAUAAUAAUUUUUUAGCCUGACUGUUAUAUUUUGUUAGUUAACCUGAAUUCAAAGUCCAAGUAAAUAGGAGCUGCAAAACACAACAAGAUGGCCGCCCUGAGAUCUGGAGACGCCAGGAUUUCAUUGGUGGAAAAAAAUCCCUAUUUUCCAAAGCUGUGAUGAAGUGAUGGGAUGGACUGAUGGUUCCAGGGAUGGAGGUGUGGAGGUGGAGGCGACGGCCGCUCAGAUGUGGAGGAUCUGUGUGAAAAUCUCCUUCUGAUCUGAUCUGAUCUCAGGAAGCUCAGCGGCUGAAGCUGAGUGUUUGUUCAGCCUGGAUUCAUGGAAAAUGUUGAUUUAUGAAUCAGCUCAGUUCUCUGACCUGCGGCGUUUUUCCACCUGCCGCCUGCUGAACGCCCAAUAAGGAGACAGACGGUUUAUUUAUUUCAUCAGAAGAUGAAUCUGAAUCUGAGGCGUUUCUGUUUGCUGCUGUUUGAAGCAGAAACUUCCUCCUGAUACGAUCCGAGAUUUUUUUUCUCUUUUUCAUAAUUUUCUCUUCUUAAAGGUUUGAUGUGCUUCUCUCUCAGCAUUAUGGAGAGUCUGACAGUAACUGUACCUUUAUAUUAAAACCAAUAUUUAAAACUAAACAUUUUAAAACAAAAAAAAUGAAAGAAUUAUUACUGUUGUGGCUAAUUUUAGAUUAUAUAUUGCUCUAAUUUUGACUAUUGUGGCUGUAAUAAUGUAUCUAACUAGUUAUUUUGCUACAAAAACAAAAAGUGUUGCAUCUUUAAUGUCAUUUGAUUCACUCAUAAAACUGAUCUGAAACCAGUUUCUCAUAUUUUGAGGUUCCUGGAUUAACUUUGACUUCAGUUUCAGGUUUUCAGGUUAAAUUUAGAGUAAAAAACCAGCAGAUAAUUUAAAUAAUGAGGUUUUGAGCUGAUCCAGUUGAACUUUAGCAUCAUGAACAGCAGCUACGUUUACGUUUCUCUGUCGUCCUGCUGUUUCCAAACGGACCGAAGUCUCGAUCCGGCUCCAUUUUACCGCUCAGACUUUAACUCUGGCAGCUUCCUGUAACUUUUUACAACUUUAAAAUGUAGAACAAAAUAAAGAGAUGCUGCUUUUCCAGAAGAUCUGAGUUUUUACAACCAGAAAUAAAUGGAAGAGCCAAGAAAAAUGGAGAAACAUUAGUUUAUAACUAACAUUAUUAUUCUAGAAAUGCGUUUUUCAGAUUUGUACCAUAUAUUAUCACUUUAUUACAGCAUAAAUCACCUCAUAGCAAAACGUUUCACAUUGUAACAUUUAUAUUGUGUAAAGGUGAUAAUUGAUCCUGUUUUCCUCAAACGCGUCUCAUUAACAGAAGAUGCGUCUGUUUGACCUCCUGGAGGUCAACAUAUCUCAAUCUGGGGCAAAAAAGGAUAUUUACACUGUAAAAACCUGAUUUGUCUUUUUGUCAAAAAUAGUAUGAAUAUUGUAAUAAAAUAUUUCUUGUACUUUGAAGUUUAAUAGCAUGAGUGGCACCAAGAAAUGAAACUGAACAGCAAAGUUUGAUUCUUCCAAACAGGAAAACCAGUUUAGCUCCUUUAGCUCGGCGGCUAACAGUUUGUAGCAACAGGAGGGGGAGGGGCAGCAGCGUUCUUUCAUUCUUUUCAUCAAAUUCUAAUAUUUUAUCUGGGAUUUCUCUAAAUGGAAAUGAGAUUAAAAUCUUCACUUAUUAAAGCUUAGUACUGAAACAUGACCCAUAAUUUAAUAAACCGUUUCAUUUUUGUGCCUGAAACGGUUUAAUAAAGCAGAAAAUCAUUAAAAUAUUUUAAACAUCAUCAGAUAAUCAUAAAGUCUGGUUUUAAAACCAUUAAACAUGAAAUUCUGAGUUUCUGCUUCUGAUUUUGAAGUUUUUGCUCAAAGACCAGAAGAAAAAAAAAACGGGGAAAUGAAAUAAAAUAAACUGAAAAGUGAAU